AUGUCUGUAGCUGGGAAGAGGUGGGUGAAAGGGUUAAUCCAGUCCACUGGAAACAGGCUGCCUGGCGCCUAUAACUGGGGAGAGGACAGCAGCGGAGCGAGCGCCCUGGCCACCAAGGGGACCCUGGUUGCCUACCCUUUCCCCAUGUGCGUGAAUCCCGGCUCUGUCGUGCCCACCGAGCGGUUGGCAUCGCUCCGCGCCAUGGAGCAGCAGCAGCAGCAGGUGUGCCCGGCCCCGCUGGACCUGCGACUGAGGAGGGGCCAGUGCCAGGAGAGGCCGGGGGUCCCGGCGGAGUGGACGACGGCCGGCGCCGGCAGGGGGCGCUGGCACCAGCGGGCGCAGGAGGAGGAAGUGGAGGUGGGCAACCCACCAGACGCCAGGGCGGGCGAGGGAGGGGCAAGGAGAGGGCCGGCCUCGGAGCCGGCGGGCGAAGGGGGCCACCGGGCGCCCAACAGGCCCCGCAUCUCCCUGCCGCCCAGGAAGAGACCCUACACCGCGGAGAGAGAGGAGAAGCCCCCCGCCCCUUCGAAAGCGCCUUGCCUGCCGGAGGAGAGCGUGCCAACUCGCGCCGACCACCAGGAGCCCGUGCGGUUGAAAGAUGAGCCCCAGGACACUUUCAGCUACUGCGGUGGGGGUCAACAACAGCUCCUGGCCAACCCUCUGCCGAGCGCCAAUGGAUACCCCUACAUGGAGUCCAUAUACAUGCCCUACAGGCUACAGGUCCCGUGCUACACAGGUGUGGGCAAGCCCUGCCUCCCACCCACUUCCUUUCCCAUCUGCCCCGUGCCCACACACCCCCUCCCCAUCGGCCCGCUCCCCGCCUUCCACCCCGGGCCCUGCCUCCAACUCCACACCCAGGAAGACAUCCUGGCCUCCGACAUCGCCAUGGCAACCAGGCAGGACGAGGACGGAGACACGCCUCUGCACAUCGCUGUGGUCCAGGAAGACGGGACAAUGGUUGAGAAACUCAUUCAACUGCUGGUGCUCGGCAAAAAGGACUUGGAUAUUUACAACAACCUACGACAGACUCCGCUGCAUUUGGCAGUCAUCACCAAGCAAUCUAGCAUUGUCAGGCAACUGGUGGCUAAUGGGGCUUCACGUGUACUCCUGGACCGCAAUGGACAGACGGCAGUGCACCUCGCCUGCGAGCACAGCAGUCUGGAGUGUCUACAGUCCCUGCUGGCCAGUGCUCCUGAGCGGAUCGAGCUGGAAAUCCGGAAUUACGACGGUUACACACCCCUCCAUGUUGCUGUGAACAGCCACCACAGGGAGAUCGUCGCACACUUGCUGGCUCAGGGGGCGGACAUCGACGCUGCGGACAUUAAGAGCGGACGGACUCCUUUAGUUCAUGCGGUAGAAAGCAAUUGCAUGGACAUGGUGAACCUCCUCCUGGAGCAUGGUGCUAAUGUCAACCUGCAGACAUACUCAGGGAACACUGCCUUGCACUCCUCCAGCGGCCGGGGGCUAAUGGAGAUCGUCAAGGUCCUUCUAAAGAACGGGGCCGACAGCAGCAUUAAAAACUGCCACAACGACACGUCCCUGAUGGUUGCCAAGAACAGAAAGGUGAUUGACAUCCUACGGGGGAAGGCGAGUCGCUCAGUCGCUCAGACUCUGUCCAGCCCGAGGCUGUCCAGCGUGAUAAAGGAGUGCCCAUCGCCCAGCAGCAAACCGAACUCGCCCCUCUCCGCAAACCACGUGGUGAGGUGCCCCUCGCCUGGUGCCCAGCAGAAGGGAUCACCGCAGCACCUCCUCCCGCCGGCAGCAUUGAGCCCCUGCCAGGACUUGCCAUCCUUCCCGUUGUCCGACAGCCAGAUGUCCUACUGCCAGAGGUCGCCCCUGAACGGGGGUGCCACCCCCACCACCACCACCACCACCAGCCAUCCCAGGACGCCAAGGCCAGCCAGUAGGCCCCACCCGGGAGAGGUGCCAGUCGGUGCCCAGGAGGACAGGGGCCCCCCUCAACACCUAACGACUCAGCCCCACCCGUGGGAGAAGAUGGACCGGCAGGCCGAGGUGGCGGGGUCGGGGGCCGGCUCGCCGACGGGCACCCCUCCUGCUCGCCGGGCCGGGCACUGCCAGUCGGGGCACGCCUUCCCCCAGCUCUACUGCCACGGACACGCCAGCCACCCGCUCCUCCCCGGCGGCGCCGUUUACCCGCUGUCCCCGUUCCACCAGCGGUACCCGACCGGCGACGGGGCGUUCCUCAACUUCCCAGGCGCGACGCACCCCACCCUGGUGCCGCCGGCCUUCGUGGCCCACCUGACGUGCCCGCUGCCAGUCCAGCCGGCGGGGGGGAAGGAGCGCCACGCCCCCAACCCGCCUCCGGCCAAGCCCAGCCGGGUCGGCUGGCCGCUGCUGCUGCACCAUCAGGGAAGGCCGUCCAGCCGCGACAGUGACCGCUCGGACGUCUCGACGCUCAGUGCCAACAGUGCGGGCAGAGGGGAGAGUUGACACAGACACGGACCUGGUUCAAGCUAAGGACACAAGCGCUGGGUUGUAAAUAUAAAUUGUUUCGGACUGUCCACGCAACCAGCCGACCGGACAAAGAGAGAUUUGGCCGCUUCACGGCCCCGAUUUUCGAAUACAUUGUGAAUUGAUGCAGUAAUUAUUGAAAU